AUAGUACUGAAAAACAUGGACCAAAAAUAUUCAAAACGAUUUUACUUACAAUGAAAGAAAUGAUUAUGAUAAAUCCACAAUUUAAUUGGACAACUGGUGAUGAUGGUCGAUUUUCUACCUGGGAUAAACUAGUCACAUAUACAUAUUGUCCUUAUCAUGAUAUUCGAUUAUUAGCAGUCGAUAUCAUUUACGAUAUCUUUAAUUCGGAUAAUUUUACCAUACAUAUGAAAAAGUCAUUUUUUACUGACAUUGAUAAAAAUAUAAAGAAAGUAUUAAAAGUAAACGAUAGUGAAACUGAUGAAUACAGUAUGGAAGAUGAAAGAAAUUUUCGAGUUGGUUCUAUUUUAUAUACGUACACGUUAAUCGCUUGUAGUGAUUCGAGAAUUCUUCCAGAUUGUUUAUUUUCAAUAAUUAAUUAUGCCGCCAAACUUAGUACAGCUAAAGUUCAACCCUCCAUAAAGUAUAUAUUGGACAAUAAAAAGGAGGAAAAUUUAAAAAAUUUCUUUGCAUCACAUUUAGAAUAUUUGAUAACGAAAUGGUGUAGCGGUAAACAUGGUUUGGAUAAAUUUCCAUAUAAAAUAUUAGGAUAUAAUACAGAUUUAGAUUUUUUCUCGGAAAAUCUUCCUUUAACUGUACCAUUAUUUUUGAAGAAAAAUUCUGUUGAUAUACUAACAGAGAUAUGCCAAUUAAAACCAGUUCUACAAUUUAUUCUCAGAGAUAUUAUACAUACUGCUAUAAAUAUUAUUACAAAUUCGAAUCAAAGUGAUCAAUUACGUAUGGCUACUUGUAAAUAUUUCAUAAAAUUUUGUGAAACCUGUAUUCAAACUGAUGAAGAUAUCUUCAAAAAACACUGCCAUUUUAUCAUCAAUUCAAUAUCACCAUUAACGAAAAAUCAAACAGCAAUAAAUUUACAUCAAAAUCUUUUUGAUUUAUUGAAAAUAUUAAUUGUUGACAAUAAAGAAACGAUCACGGAAUCAAUCUCACAAUUAGAACCGUUUUCCGAUGAAGAUGAUAAGUUUCGUAUGUUAAAUGAAAUUUAUGAUGCGGUACGAUAUAAUAAUACAAAUAACCAACAGAAUUUGGAAAAUGAAAUAAACAUAUUUUUGAAAAUACAAAAUUUUGAGAAUGUAUCACGUUUAGAGAGUUUAAAACGUUUACAUAAAUUAUUGGAACGACAAAAGGAUGAUUUGUUUCGAAUAUAUAAUCAAUUGAAAAUUCAGCAAGGAUCAUUUGAAAUGUGUCGUAAUAGUAUUUUACAUAAUUUAAUUAUUUCGUUGAUUGAAUUAUCGUAUUCGUCUGAUGAGGAGGUGAAAUUAAUGGCAGCCAAAUGUUUAGGAGAAUUAGGUCCUUCAAAUCUUCGUACACUUAUUUUAAAAGUAGAUUUUACACAAUUGGUUAAUUCACUAGAUAUUGAUAUUUCGUUAGUAACAGCUGGUGUUGUUAUCCAAUUAUUAUCAAACUAUAUUGUGGACAAAGAUUGGGAUAUUCGUGAAAUGGCUAGUGAGGCGUUAUAUGCUAUUUUGUCUAGUCCAGAAGGAUAUUGUAUUAUUUAUAAUAAACCAGAGAAUUUUGAAGAUAUUAUCGGUCCAAUCAAUUCACAACACAUUUAUCCAUUUAUAACGUCAGAUAUGAAAUAUGAAAUUAGCGAAGAAUUCUUAUUUUGUGUUUCAAAUGAAUUUUUCAAUAACUUACAAGAUUCAGAUUUAUGGCUUCCACUGUAUAAAACACAAGAAGGGCAUGAAUCAUGGUUAAAAACAUUAAUAAAUAAUAUCUUAAAAUUAAUCCAUCGACCGCGUUAUAUUCAAACUAUUAUUCAGCUUUGUGAGAAAAAGUUUAACAAUUAUCGUGUUCAUCAUAAAUCGCUUAAAGUUAUGUUGGAUGUUGUCAAUUUGAAUAAACUACGAUCGCAUCGAAAUCAUACGACUGAUGAUAAAAACUUCUUAGAUAUAAAUUAUUUACACAUUGCAAAGGCUGCAUACGAUUGUUCAUCCUACUUUACUGCCGUAUUUUAUGCAGAACUUUGGUGUCGUCAAAAAAUACAAAGUUCGCAACAAUACAGAAAGGAUACAAGACGAUUAAAUAUCAUUGAAUAUAUAUGCCAACAACAUCCCGAUGAAGGUGAAAUAAUGCAAAAAAUUCUACGGCAAUCCUACACGAAUAUCGAUGAUCCCGAUGCCGUUCACGGCUGUGGAAUGUCUCAUUUAUACAAUAUGGAAGAUCGCGUUGAACAUUAUUCAAAAAUGGGUCGUUGGGAUCAAUCGGUUUUAUACAAUGAUUUUAUGUUGUCUACGACGAGAAUUUCAAAUCCUUUACUUGAGAAUGCAUAUCGAUUAUCGUUAAAACACGCUGGAUUAUAUAAUACAGCAAAUAUUUAUACGAAAACAACCGAUUAUGAAUGUUUAUGGCGUAUGCAAAAUUGGACAUUGAAUAAGGUUACCAAAGAUGAUGAUGAAAGUUUUGAAAGGAAUCAUUACUUUGCGUUGAAAAAUAUUUAUGAUCAAGAGCCAAACUACGAACAUUUAAAAGUGACACGAAAAUUAAUUUUAAAAUCGUUACAAUAUAAUUUAGAAACGACGAAAAAUUUAUACAAUGCUUUGUCGCGAUUACAAUUAUUACAAGAAAUUGAGGAUUUUAGUAAGGAUUAUUCGUUUAAAAAUUUCAAUGAAAUUAUUUUCAAAUGGCAUAAACAAUCGCAAAUGGAAUCAAAGGAUUUUCAUUAUUUGGAACCGAUUUAUAAUCAACGUAUUACUUUAUUAGAAAUUGCAUUUAAUAAAACCAAAGAAACAACUAUUCAAAAUCAUUUAAUUAAUUUUCAAAUUAAUUUAGCUGAAACAGCACGUAAACAGAAAUGGUUUCAAGUUGCACGAAUGGCUUUAUUAAAACUAAAACAUGUAAAUAAUAUUGAAAAUAUACAAAAAUGUAAAAUACAAUUAGAAGAGGCACAACUUGAAUGGAAUUUAAAUUUAGAUAGAAAUAUUGGACGUAGUUUGUUACGAAAUUUAUUAUCGUCUGAUUUUGGUGGUGAUAAGUUGUUACGUUCCAAAGCAUAUCGCUUAUAUGGUACAUGGAUGAUGGAAACGCAAGCUGAAAAUCCGAACGUUUAUUUUGAAGAGGCAUUAAAUACUUUGGAUCGUUUUAAUUUACAUGGAGAGGAAGAAAAUGAAAAUCGUUAUUCUUCAUAUGCUGCACUUGCAAAGUUUUCUGAUAAUGAACAUCAAGAAGUCAAAAAAUAUUUAAAUUCACAAGCUUAUGAAAUUAAGCAGUCAUGUAUUUUAAAAGCAAAAGAAUUAUGCGCGAAUUUUGAAGCUAAAUAUAAUAAAGAUGUGAAGGCGGCUUCAGAAGAUGAAAGAAGAAUGUAUUUCACAAAUAAAAGGAACUGUGCUCUGGAUGAGGCAGACAUAGAAAAUUAUCAAGAAAUGUUUAAUAAAAAUUUGUUAAUGGCUGCUAAAUAUUACUUAUUGUGCCUGAUUAAAUGUGAAAAUUAUAAUUUAUCAAUUUUCCGUUUAUUUUCAUUAUGGUUAGAAAAUCGAAAUCAUGAUGAAUUAAAUGAUUUAAUAGGAGAACAAUUACAAUUAAUUCCUACAUUUAAAUUUUUACAAGUUUUGCCACAAAUAGCACCACAUAUUACGAAUUCGCCUGCAGACGGAUUUGCUGAGCAAGUUAACGAUAUUAUUGAAAAAUGUGCUAUUGAUCAUCCGCAUCAUGUUUUGCCAAUAAUUUUUGCUUUAGCAAAUGCCGCAAAAGAUAAUGAAUUCUUGCAAGAUAAUAAUAACAAGAAAUCAACAUCCGCAAGUUCUACAAACACUUCAUCAUCACAUCCACGAGUUUUACAAGCUCAGAUUAUUAUAAAAAAAUUAUCGAGAAAUUCUAAAAUAAAAAAAAUUGUAAUAAGUAUGGAUGCAGUUUCUGAUGCUUUAAUAAAACUAGCAUAUCUUGAUGAAAAGCGUCAAAUUUCUCCGAAUACUAAACAAAAAAUUCCAUCAAAUCAUCCAAUUUUAAAAUUACAAAAUUUGGAUCAUGUUCAGUUUCAUACGUUAGAUCUUCCUGUGAAACCGUCAACAAAUUAUGAGGAUAUAGUUGGAAUUUACAAAUGGCAAAAUGAAUGGUCAACACCAGGAGGAAUAAAUAAACCUAAAAAAGUUAUUUGUAUUGGAUCAGAUGGUGUAGCCAGAAAUCAAAUGGUUAAAGGCAAAGAUGAUUUACGACAAGAUGCUGUUAUGCAACAAGUUUUUAGUAUUUUAAAUACACUCUUAACUUCAAACGACUUACGACAUCUUACAAUACGAACUUACAAAGUUGUUCCUUUAUCCCGUAAAAGCGGUAUUUUACAAUGGUGUGAUAAUACUUUACCAUUGUCAAGCUAUUUAAUUGGUGGUCAAGGAGUGAAAGGAGCACAUGCAAAAUAUCAUCCAGAAGAUUAUACAUAUUUACAAUGUGUAGAAAAGUAUAAGGCUGUUUCGUCCAAGGAUAAUGAACGAAAAUUGCAUGAAUUUAACAAUAUAUGUGCACAUUUUCAACCAGCAUUGCAUUAUUUCUUUUUCGAAAAGUUUGGUAGCUCAGCUGCUUUUUGGUGGGAAAGACGAAGAGCAUACACGUUAAGUGUAGCUGCCACCAGUAUGAUUGGUUAUAUCUUAGGAUUAGGCGAUCGUCAUUUAAGUAAUAUUCUCAUUGAUACCUCAACAGCAGAAGUAAUUCAUAUUGAUUUUGGUAUUGCAUUCGAUCAAGGAAAAGUUCUUCCAACACCUGAAACAAUACCGUUUCGCCUUUCACGUGAUAUUGAAGAUGGUAUGGGUAUAUCUGGAGUUGAAGGUGUUUUUCGAAGAUCUUGUGAGAAAACAAUGUCAGUAUUGCGACAAAACUCUGAAAUCAUCAUAACAAUAUUAGAAGUUUUACUGUAUGAUCCAUUAUAUCUGUGGAACAUAUCAGUUUCAACGGCUAUGAAAAUCCAAGCUAGAGGAGUUCGACAAAAUUUUAAUGCUACAACUCAAGUUGUUGAAGUAAAUAAAAUGGCUGAACGUGCUUUGUUAAGGUUAACCCAAAAAUUGCAAGGAAUAGAAAAUAGUCGAAUAAUGAGUGUGGAAGGACAAGUUGAGCAAUUAAUUCAAGAAGCUCGAAAUCCUGUUAAUUUAAGUCGAAUAUUUGUUGGAUGGAGUCCGUUUGCAUAAAAUUGUUAUUCGUUUAAUUUGUAAUUCCUAAAAUAAUUUUGUGUUGGUGAGAUAAAAACUGUGAUGUAAUUAAUGCCUUAAGAGUCGAUAAAAGUUCUUAUCGCAAAUUCAUUUAAUUAAGACUAAUUUUAAAAUACUGAUGUUACUGUUUAAUAACCUCAUAGCAGACUAAUUAUUUUUCUACGUCUAUUUUUCUACGUCUAUUUUUCUCUUAAUUUAAUUUUAAGGUAGUAUGUCCACUCUUUCCAAUAAAUCUGGCAAGAACCGUGUUUUUAUUUCCAAAAAUAUUCGCCAUAAAUUAGUUGUAUCAAUAAGUUGUUUUUGAAGAAGACGGUCAAGAAAUUUUAAAUUUAAGAACUCUCAAGAGGAUGAAAAGUUUA